CGGGGGCUUCCGGGGAAGCGAGAAAGGAAUGUGGUGGUUGCUGGAGGUGUGACGCAGGGGCCCCGAUGCGGGCCGGCUCCGCUCCGCUCCAUGGAUCCGCUGGGCGCCAGAUCGUGUUUUGUAGAUGCCGAGACGCUGCCGAGCUGGGCGACCGUAACGAGGGGGGAGGAUGUGCCGGACCCCCCGCGGCACCGGGACCCGGGCUGGGGGCCACGCUCGCCGUUUCAGCACCGCCAGGACAUCAACGAGAAGAUCGUGCUCUGGCGGGGGGACGUGGCGUUACUGAACUGCACGGCGGUGGUGAAUACGAGUAACGAGUCGCUGACCGAUAAGAACCCCGUGUCCUGCAGCAUAUUCCGCCUGGCGGGGCCCGAGCUGCUCGACGACGUGCAGAGGCUGAAAGGCUGCAGGACGGGGGAGGCGAAGCUCACCAAGGGCUUUAACCUGGCCGCCCGCUACAUCAUCCACACGGUGGGGCCCAAGUACAAGAGCCGGUACCGGACGGCGGCGGAGAGCUCGCUGUACAGCUGCUACCGGAACGUUCUCCAGCUGGCCAGGGAACAGGCCGUGUCCUCGGUGGGCUUCUGCGUGAUCAGCUCCCAGAAGAGGUGCUACCCGCUGGAGGACGCCACGCACAUUGCCCUCCGCACGGUGCGCCGGUUCCUCGAGACGCACGGAGCGGACCUGGAGAGGGUGGUGUUCGCCGUUACGGAGCAGGAAGAGGCCACGUAUCUGCAGCUGCUGCCCCUCUACUUCCCGCGGUCGCUCGGAGAGGAGCUGCGCUCGCUGCCUUUACUUCCCCCGGACAUCGGGAACGCGGACGGGGAGCCCGUGGUGCCCGAGCGGCAGAUCCGGAUCACCGAGAAGCCCGUGGCCUGCGAAGACGAGUCGGAGGAGGAGGACGCUUCCGGGACGGACGUCUCUUUCGUCGGCUCUCACGCUUUCGCCCGAAUGGAGGGAGACGUCGACAAGCAGCGGCGGCUGGCGCUCCAGGGGCAGAUGUCUGGGGCGGCCCUCCAGAAACAGCACCAGCGGAAUUAUAACCGGCUGCUUUCUCGCGCACGCACUGAGGACCUGUCAGACAUCGCGGCGCUGAAAGCGCUCUAUCAGUCCGGGCAGGAUAAUUGCGGCCGGACGGUCGUUGUCGUUGUGGGAAGGAACAUUCCCGUGCUGCUGAUCGACAUGGAGAAGGCGCUGCUGUACUUCAUUCACAUGAUGGACCACGUCGCAGCGAAGGAGUACGUGCUGGUGUAUUUCCACACGCUCACCGGGGAGCACAACCACCCCGAAUCCGACUUCCUCAGGAACCUGUACGACAUCGUGGACAUCAAGUACAAAAAGAACUUGAGGGCCUUUUAUUUCGUCCACCCGACAUUUCGCUCGAAGGUCUCCACGUGGUUUUUCACGACGUUCGGGGUCUCGGGGUUGAAGGAGAGGGUCCACCAGGUAGAAAGCCUGCAGCAGUUGUUCUCCGCGGUGCCCCCCGAGCAGAUCGAGAUCCCGCCGUUUGUUCUGGCUUACGAUGCCCGGGAAAACGGCCCCUUUUACCCCCCGCGCUCCUUCUCCGGCCUCUGACCUGGUUUCCUCGGGGUGAUUCUGUGUCCGUGGGGGCCGGAGCAGUCAACAUGGGCUGUGCCCUCCAACCCCCACCCCCGAAUGCGGUGUCUGGGCGGUGGAACCGUGUACGCACUGCCACCUUUUAUUUAUCAUUCUCUCCCGUGUAAAUACCCCCCCCCACGCGUGGACGUAUUGGGGGGUCUCCCUGCCAGAAUAAAUUCCCUGAUAAUGUGCCCUGUUUUUGGUGCAGUUAUUCCUCCCCGCGGUGACUCCUGCCAGGGCCCUCGUGCUGCGUGUCGGGGGCCGAACUGUCACGUGUGAUGAGCUGGACGUCCCAUGUGAGACCCUCCGCACGCCGCUCAGGGGAGUCGGUUUGUUGGGUUCCCCGUCUUUGCAGACAUUUGCCCCGCUGGCACUCGGAGGGUUAAGAGGAGGCUGAGGGCCUGGUGGGCCCCGGUGUGGGGGGGGGUAACUCACCCGCCUCUCAUUAAACUGAUUUAUUUAACCCCUUGC